UUUCACGUUGUAACUGCCAUCUUACGGUACGUUUGACAACCCUCCCAUCCGACCAGUGCUGUCAUGGCGGCAUCGCGACCAAGGUCGGCUGCCAAAAAGUCGGUGCUUGCAACCACAGGCUGCAGGCUCCUUGCUUCCAUCGAGCCAGUAGACCGAAAUGCGGCGGAAGGCCGAAGAAGAGUGGACGACACCCCGUCGUUGGAAGACGCUAGGCGACUCGUGGACGAAGAGAGGCGGCGCACGACGACGGACACGCUGCAAAAGUUCAUCCUCGACGCCAAGUUCUUGUUCCGAAAUGGCGGGUUUGGGCUCUCCCAGAAUGAAAGUUGCAUCCAACGGAUCACCGCACUUGGUCGGUCCAAGGUCACGGACGUCAACCUAUCGCAUAUGCACCUGAGCGACCUCCUCGUCGAGUCGUUGGCCAAUUACCUAAGCACUCCGUCGUGCAUCGUUGUGUCGCUCAAUGUGGCCUGCACCAAGAUCGUCCCUAGCGCCGUGCUGCGGCUUGCGGCGGCGUGUGGCCCCAAGGUGCAGUACUUCACAGCCUCCCGCACCACUCUGCCCACUUCUGUGGUACGAUCCAAGCGUGUGGUGCUGCCACGUGUGGCCGCCGACCAUCUCGACGCGGCCGCGAUCGCAGCGUUUGUAGGCGGCAGGAAGAAGCCGUUGGUUGAGGUCCUCGAUGUGAGUGGCAACGACAUCACAGGUCCAGACGACCGACGAAACUUGUUUGGAGGGCUCGAGCUCCUCGCCAACGCCGUGGCAAAGUGCCCCAAACUCACUCGUGUCAUGUUGAACCACGUGCAUCUUCGGUCGGAUGGGUUUGUGUUGCUGGCGUUGGGGCUACAGCACACCACGUCCAUUCAUCACUUGGAAGUGGGUGGGAACGCCAUGCAAACCAACGUGUCCAAUCAAGUGUGUUACAACGGCGUCGACUCGCUUUGCGAAGCGUUGCGUGGCAACCACUCGAUCCGGUUCUUGGGACUCUUUCAAAACGACAUGGACUACACAUGCGUGUCCAAGUUGUCAGCCAUCCUUCUCGUCAACGACACUCUGGAACAUAUCGACCUGUCUCAAAACCCGCUUGGAUCGGCGGCCCUUUGCUGCCUUGCUACGGCACUCCGCGCCAACGUCCCACUACACACGCUCAAUGUUAGCGAUGCCCAAGCCACAUGCAAAGGCUGUGUGGCGCUAGCCGACAGCUUGUUGCACAAUACCAGCCUCACGUCCCUCGAUCUAAGCCAAAACCCUGGCAUUCUAGCCCUGGGACUGACCACUUUGGCUGGAGCCCUCGAACGAAAUGCAUCGCUCACGUGCGUCAAGUUUACACCCAGCACAUCGGACAUCGCCCAGACUGAACCCCUCGCGACCUUGCUGCAGCUCACCGAGGCCAACGCGGCUCUAGGCACCAUGAAAAAGGCGCUGACGUCGUUCAACUUUGCAGCGUUAUCACCGUUUGCGCAAGUGAAUUUUGUCAACAAGCUGGACGCGUGUACAGAAACGGAGCUUCGGUCGCUGCUGACCAACCAAUCGUUUGUGCAGUGCAAACUGUCGGCGGGGCAGCUCUGUGCUUUGCAGUACUAUGCCAGUCUCGACAUGUACACACCGUUGAGGCGGCUGCUGUGGGCGUACGACGCGCUGCAUCGACAGGAAGCGGCGCGACUGGCGGCGUCCGUCCCUGCUGACGACGACGAAUUGGCGUGGCAGGAGUCUCUCGUGGACUUGCCCCCCCUUCGUUCAACAUGACCCCCGUCAUCAAUCACACUAUCAGUACAGCGUUUUACUCUAAAUUAACAGCCUUGGGCUUCAGGGGGGGCUUGGUCCCCGCCGCCGCUGGUUUCGCCACUUGUUUGCAUUGCCGCUUGAUGGAUCUUGGCGACGACGAGUUCUGGGACGUUGUACUGGCGUCGGACGAGUCGCCGUCGUCGGCUUGGGCUUCUCGGACAAACUUGACUGCGGCCGCCGACCGCGCACUCACGAGUUGUGUCACCUACGACCAUCCAGUUGACGAUUACCAUAUAUAUAUACAUACCCAG